AUGCCUUGUCCUGCACGAGAGGAAUUUCAGAUCGGUUGGGUCUGUGCCCUACCUAUCGAGGCGGCCGCAGCCAAAGAAAUGCUUGAUGAGGACUUUGGAAUAUUUGAACAGCAAGAUGCUGCAGAUACAAACUCUUAUAGAUUGGGUCGCAUUGGAAAACACCAUGUCGUGAUCGCCUGCCUGCCCUGUGGACAAUAUGGAGCCUGCGCAGCUACAACGGUCGCAAAUAACAUGGUCCGUACGUUCUCAAAAUCGUUACGGAUUGGUCUGAUGGUUGGUGUUGGGGGAGGCAUCCCAUCGACAGAUCAUGAUAUACGGCUUGGUGAUAUAGUGAUUAGCUGCCAGACAGGCAGUUGUGGAGGCGUGGUUCAAUAUGAUAUGGGCAAGGUCACUGCGGACGGUGUAUUUUGCCGAACUGGCUCUUUGAACAGUCCUCCUAGAUCAUUGUUAACAGCAGUUAAUAAUAUAAGGGCUGCUGAGCUAACUGAUGAUCCCCGGUACCCGGAAUAUCUUCAAAGAGCGAUCAGGAGGACCAGACGGACGCAGGCAAACUUUGGCCGACCCAGCUCACAAAGCGAUCGAUUAUUCAAAACCAAGCGCGAACAUCCUGCUACUGCGAAGAACUGUGAUACAUGUCCAAGAGAAUGGGAAGAGACUAGACGUGAACGGGAUGGUCAGGAUCCGCUGCUACACUAUGGUAUUAUUGCUUCAGGAAAUUCUGUUAUCAAACACGGUUGCACAAGAGAACAGCUUCGCUUGGAACUUGGGGCACUGUGUUUUGAGAUGGAGGCAGCAGGCUUGAUGUUAGACUUCCCUUGCAUUGUUAUCCGUGGCAUCUGCGAUUACUCUGAUUCGCACAAGAACAAGCAGUGGCAAGGUUACGCUGCUUUGGCGGCGGCAGCCUAUGCCAAGGAGUUGCUGGAAUAUGUGCCCCGGGGUCAAGUCUCGCAAGAGAAUCUUGCAGUAGAUAUAUGCAGCUCCAUAGAAAAUUUAACUCAAGAAGUCAAAGGCACAAAUCAACGACUGGAUAUAGUAUUCAACCAACAGGAACAGCACUAUCGCGAACAAACAGCUAGAGCCUUGACUGAUCAACAACAAAAGUGUCAUCAAGUAUUCAAGAUAUCUAACUACGAGCAGCAUAAAAACAUCAAUCCUGGUCGUGUUCCAGGGACAUGCCAAUGGGUUUUACAGAAUCCACAAUAUCGCCGUUGGCGGAAUAGUUGCUGCAAUGAUCUUCUGUGGAUAUCAGCCGACCCUGGUUGUGGAAAAUCCGUUCUGGCCAAAUCACUUAUUGACGAUGGCUUCAAAGCAUUGAGGCCAACUGUAUCAAUCUGUUACUUUUUUUUCAAGGACAAUGAUGAGCAGAACAAUCUUGCUGUAGCAUUAUGUGCAGUACUUCACCAGCUCUUUAGCCAACAGCCGAAUCUCCUACAGUAUGCGCUGCCAUCAUGGGAGAGGAAUGGGAACAAACUCCAGCAAGAGACUGGUGAACUUUGGCGGAUCUUUAUAGCAGUAAUGUCAGAUCCCAUAUCAGCCAAUACUAUAUGUGUGCUCGAUGCGCUUGAUGAAUGUCAUCCGGAUGAUCAAAGGCAACUCAUCCGGAGACUCGAAGACUUCUACCAUCGAACUGAUUCAUUAACCGUGGGAACCUGGCUGAAGUUUCUGAUAACCAGUCGUCCCUAUGAUGAGGUGGAGCACAGCUUCAAACCUAUCACGGAUUCAUUCCCAUACAUACAUCUCAAAGGCGAGGAAGAAAACCAUCAAAUCCGCGAAGAGGUUAAUCUGGUAGUAAGGAUUCGAGUAAAGGAGCUUGCUGAAACUGCAUUACUAUCAUCUGAUAUACAGCAACGGCUUGAGUACCAACUUCUUCAAAUGGAACACCGCACGUAUCUUUGGUUAUAUCUAGCCAUUGACGAUAUCAGCACCACAUUUAAAGACAGUCUUUGGCCAGCUGAGGAAUCAAUUCGAUUAAUACCUCCAUCCGUGGAUGCAGCAUACGGAAAGAUCCUUGCUCGUGUUCCAACCAACCAAGUCAAUACAGUAAGAAAGAUCCUUCAGAUUAUUGUCGGUGCACGGCGUCCCUUGACAACGCAAGAAAUGGCUAUGGCGUUAGGUAUAGCGUUGUACCCGAAGUCGCGGAGUGCAGCAAAUGCUGGGAUUAAUCCAGUGCAAUUAGCCAGAAAGAUACGACAACUGUGUGGUCUGUUUGUCUUUAUCAAUAAUUCAAAGAUAUACCUUAUCCACCAGACAGCCAGGGAAUUUCUUAUCAGCAGGGAUUUUACCGGAAAUUCCAAUUCUAUGUAUGCCUUCAACCAGACAGGCGCUGAGAGUCUAAUGGCUCAGGUCUGUGUUCGAUACCUGUUGAUGGAGGACUUAGAAGAAAGUAAAGGAGAAACAGAAAUAGGUCAUCGAAGUCUUCUGGAAUACUCGGCUGUACAUUGGCCAGAUCAUAUACGGAACGUAUCCAUGGCACAGCAACAAGAGCUCGAUGAUUUGUUAGAUCAAUUAUACAACAGAGACAGAGAACGAUGGAUACUUUGGUUCCGAAUAUUUUGGUGGGCUGCGAUGGGGUUUGAACGAAUGCCCAAGAUGGAUGCAAUCCAUUUGGCAGCUUUCAAUGGGCAUACACGAAUGGUCCAGAAGUUGCUCACUGCCAAAGAAACCGAUACAAACAAGGCAGAUGAUACAGGAUCAAGUGCGUUGGUAUGGGCCUCACUGAAUGGACACACAGGGGUUACUGAGCUACUACUUCAAAAGGGAGCCGAUGUCAACGCCCAGGGUGGAGAGUAUGGCAACGCAUUGCAGGCUGCCUCAUCCAGAGGACAUGAGAAGAUUGUACAGAUGCUACUACAGCACAGAGCUAAUGUCAACACCCAGGAUAGAGUGUAUGGCAAUGCAUUGCAGGCUGCCUCAUCCAGAGGACAUAAGGAGAUUGUACAGAUGCUAUUACAACACGGAGCUAUUAUCAACACCAAGGGUGGAAGGUAUGGCAAUGCACUGUACGCUGCCUCAUCCAGAGGACAUGACAAGAUUGUACAGAUGCUAUUGCAACACAGAGCUAGUGUCAACACUAAGGGUGGAAAGUAUGGCAAUACAUUGCAGGAUGCCUCAUCCGGAGGCCAUAAGAAGAUUGUAUAG